AUGUAUCAGUACGGCAUAUUCAGCGUGAAGAUGAAGAUGCCGGCCGGCUACUCCGGCGGCAUCAUUCCGUGCUUCUACCUCAUCUCGGGUGGUAGCCCGGGUUACAAGGACAUUCACGACGAGAUCGACUUCGAGAUCCUGGGCGCCGAGAACCCACGCGACAUGAUCAUCCACACCAACCUCAUCACGGGCGGCCAGACCAACCUCGAGCAGUUCCGCUUCCCGUUCGACCCGUCGGCGGACUUCCACACGUACACGAUCAUCUACUCACCGAACUUCAUCGUGUGGAGGAUCGACAACACGCCCAUCCGCGUCACCCUCAAGACCCCCGGCAGACCCUUCCCCUCCGAGCCCGUUCAAGUCAAGGUAAGUCCCUUCCCCGUGCAGCAAACUCUCUGUCUCAAACCACCAGCAGAAUAA